AUGCCCAAAAUCGCAAUUCUCAUCUACUCCACAUACGGCCACAUUGCCGAAUUGGCCCGCAAGGAGGCCGAGGGAGUCAAGGCCGCCGGAGGCCAGGUCGACCUCUACCAGGUGGAGGAGACGCUGUCGGAGGAGAUUCUCAAGUACAUGAAGGCUCCCGGCCAGCCUCACGAUUUCAAGGUUCUGACCCCCGCCGACGUGGAGGUGCUCACGGGCUACGACGGGUUUCUGUUUGGAAUCCCCAGCAGAUUCGGUUCGUUCCCUGCCCAGUGGAAGACCUUCUGGGACGCUACCGGCGGUCUGUGGGCCACCGGAGGCCUCCACGGCAAGUACGUGGGUCAAUUCGUCAGCAGUGGCACCCAGGGAGGAGGCCAGGAGGUACUUCCCCGAAACACCCUCUCCAUCUAUGUCCACCACGGCAUGAACUACGUGCCUCUGGGCUACAAGGACACCUUUGCCGAGCAGACCAACCUCGAGGAGGUACAUGGAGGCUCUCCCUGGGGAGCAGGCACAUUUGCCGAUUCGGACGGCUCGCGAACCCCCUCUCCUCUUGAGGAGAAGGUCGCCUUCACCCAGGGUAAGGUUUUCACCGAGGUGCUGAUCAAGGCUGAGGGAGGAGCUGCCGGUGCUACUAACGGCGUCCAGAACGGCGCCCAGCAGAAGACUCUCGACCCCAAGGCUGGAGGAGCCACUGGAAACGAUGUCACUGGAGGAGAGGCUGCCGCCGCCGCUGGUGUGGGAGCUGGAGCUGGAGCUGUCGGAGCUGGAGCUGGAGCUGUCGGAGCUGGAGCUGCACCCGCUGCCGGAGCUGGAGCUGCACCCCCUGCUGAUGCUGCCACUGCUACAAACACAGGUACCACCGCGGCCACCGGCGCGGCCACUACCGAGAAGGGUGCUGCAGGCACCGCGGGUGCUUCGACCGGUGCCGCUGCCAACACCACUACCGCCAAGCCCACCGCAGCAGCAUCUAAGCCUGCCACAACCGAGAAGGCUGCUGGUGCCAAGAAGACCAACCCGGCCAAGGACGUUAAGGAGGAGAAGAGCAAGUGCUGUGGAAUCUGCACUAUUAUGUAG